AUGCUUUUCUCAAUUGAGACUCUUAAAGCGUAUGCGCAGUCCAAAGGAAUUCCAGAAAUAGAAGAUGAAGACUUAAAAAUACUUGCGCAAGACUUGGAAUACAGGCUAAAAGAACUGGCACAAGAGUCAUCAAAAUUCAUGAUAGCUUCAAAAAGAUCAAAACUUUCAAUUGAAGAUGUGAAUUAUGCGCUUCUUUCAAAAGAGAUAGAUCCAUUGCUUGGGUAUAACACAAGCAACUCCCUCAUGUUUAAAUCCAUUCCUGGGUCUAACCUGUACUAUGUACCAGAUGAAGAGCUAGAUCUGGAGUCAAUUCUUACCUCGCCUCUUCCAAAGAUCCCGCAGAAGCCUGUUAUUUCAAAGCACUGGCUUGCCAUUGAAGGCGUCCAGCCGCAGAUACCACAGAAUCCGCUGCCCAUGGAAAGAAUGCCCGAAAUAAAGAAAGAAGACACGCUGGCUGCCAUGAAGGAGGACAUUGAAAUACGAAACCAUAUGAAGCACCUUCUGUCCAAGGAAUUGCAGCUAUACUACGAGAAAAUUGUGCAGUUUAUUAAGGAAAAGGAAACAGUAAGUAUUGCAUCAGAAUGCCUCAAAAAUGAGAGCGGAAUACAGCAGCUAAUUCCGUACUUUGUGCACUUUUUUAACGAAGAGAUUUUGAAAAACCUUCGAAACGGGGAGUAUUUGGUCGAUAUCAUCACCGUAUAUGAAAGUUUGAUUAUGAACAAAAUGAUAUUUAUAGAGCCAUAUAUGCACCAGAUGCUUCCUUCCUUGCUUACAUGCGUGGUAGGAAAAAGCAUAGGUCUGGACAGCAGAGAUGGCGCGCGAGCAGAAGAUGGCGCAGGCAGUACUGCAAAUGAAGAUGCCCCUGGCCUGUCCGCAAGAAGAAGGGCAUCUGCUACAAUAAAGCACAUAUACGAUACGUACUCCCUUUCGUACACAACUCUUGCUCCAAGGGUUUUAAACACUUUGUUGAAAACCUGGGCAGAUGGAGCAAAAACACCAGAAUCACACUAUGGAGCUAUUUAUUGCUUGUGUAAUUUAGGAGAGAAAGUGAUUAAUGGUGUAGUUGUUCAGUUUAAGGAUGAAUACCUAGAAAAAACAGAUGAAAAUAAGUAUGCGCUGCCCAUUCAAAUACUUAGGCGAUAUACAGAUUCAUAA